GCCGGAUCCCAGUGUCCACCACCACCGUCAUCACCAUGGGUCUUUCUGUGUCCUCGCUCUUCUCCUCUCUGACUUCCCUUAUCCGCUGGAGCAAGGAUCAGGAUGUCCGGAUACUUAUGCUGGGACUAGACUCCGCCGGAAAGACUACCAUUCUGUACAGGUUGCAGAUUGGAGAAGUCGUCUCAACAAUACCAACGAUCGGCUUCAACGUAGAAACAGUACAAUAUAAGAACAUCAAGUUUCAAGUAUGGGAUCUAGGCGGGCAAUCCAGCAUUAGACCCUAUUGGAGAUGCUACUUUCCCAACACUGCCGCCAUCAUCUAUGUCAUCGACGCCUCCGACCACGCACGCAUCCCUACAUCACGGAACGAGCUGCUGACGAUGCUGUCAGAGGAAGAACUGAAGGGCGUGCCGCUGUUGGUCUUCUGCAACAAGCAGGACAUCGAGGGCGCGAUGAAGCCGGAGGACAUCAGCGAGCAGCUCGGCCUCGCGGGCGGGGAGAAGACACGCCCGUGGAGCGUGCGCGGCAGCUGCGCGACGAAGGGCGAGGGCUUGGAGGAUGGGCUGGAUUGGCUGGUGAACGCGAUCCAGAAGAAGUGAUCGCCUCCCCAUGGACACCCUACACUUGCAUACCCCUGCGUCUCAUGACAUGCAUGAACAUGAUGAUGACUGUAUCCUAUACGCUGCCGACCCAUGUCGCCUAUAAUCUAGCAUGCCCAGUCUGUCGAAAUGUACAUGCUUUCCCUCCA